UUCAAUAUUGUUUUCAACAUCAACAACACACAUGAAAAAAAACCAUUGUAAUGAUCAACGAAACAAAUAAAAAAUCCAUAUUGGAACAUUCAUUGUCUCCAACAUCAAAAUUUCCAAAUCAUCAUCAUCAUCAUUUUGAUCAUUCAAAAAAAUCCUUAUUCCAUAUAAUCGAUAAUAUUAAUAACAACAACAACAACAAUGAUAAUGAAGAAUCAUUAAUAAUCAUGAAUAAUAAAUGUCAUAAUGAAAUGUCUAUCGAUUCUAAUGGAGAAAAAUCAAUCAAUCAUCAUCAUCAUCAUCAAAAUCAUGAUAAUCAGCAACAACAAAAAUCAUCCAUAUCCGAUAAUAAAACAUUGGAUUUAUUUAACAAACAAACAAAGAAUGAGUUGAAUGAAUCAGUGUCAUCAUCAUCAUCCACAAUAUCAUUAACGAAACAUGAAUCUCAAAAUGAUUCAUUAUCAAAUGAUAAUCUGAUAACACUUGAUCAAUUAUCGUCAAUAUUAAAAAACGAUAAUCAUACAAAACAAUUUCAAACAAUCAUUACAACACAAAGUGAUCAUUCAUAUUCAACAAAAUCAAAAACUAAAACAAUAAAAAAUCAUCAAUCAUCGACAACCAAAACAAGAAAACGAAAACAAAAAAAAGAAAUUAUCAAUGAUGAUCAAGAUAAUUGUCUGAAGAAUAUUAUAUUGAAUAAUAAUACAUCCGAAAAGAUUACUAUCGUUCCAAUUAAAGUUGAUUUACAUCACGAUUCAACAAAGAUAUUAUUUUUAAACGAAUUAGAUUCUAAUCAUUGUAUUUCCCUUGAUAAUAAACAACAACAACAAUUAUUAUUACAAUCAUCAAAAAUGGCAAGAGAAAAUCAUCCAGUAAAUGCUGCUAAUCAUAUGGCGACAAUUUUAAAUAACAACAACAACAACAACAAUUGUAAAAGUAGUAGUAAUAGUAAUGAACAGAAAAACAUUACUUUUGUACAGCAUUAUCAACAACAACAACAACAAUUACAACAUCCACAAACAUCAUCAUUUGGACAAGGAAAUUCAUAUAAUUCAAUGAAUAAUAAUAAUAAUAAUAUUCAUCAAUUUAUAUCGAUUGGCAAUAAUGGUGAUGUGAUUUAUCAACAACAAAUGUCCGAAAUUAACAACAACAACAACACAUCUAACAGUAAUAAUCAGAUUAAUGAUGCUGUCUUUUCAUUUGAUGAUCUAAAUUCUCCGUCCUCAUUUAUCGCAUCAAAUAAUCAUUCGUUACCUCCAGUUCAGACUAUUUUAAAUAACAAUAGUAGUAGCAACAAUAGUGGUGGUGGUGGUGGUUAUAAUAAUCAGCAAAAUUAUCAAUUAACCAUUCAGGAUUUCAAUACGGAAAUGUUCAAUUCUUCUCUUGAUAACGGUAUGAAUUUCAACAGUUAUGAACGAGAUCCGUUUCUGGAAGAUAUUGAUUUGCCAAAUGAAAAAUAUCUGCUAUAUGGAUGUUUCACUUCAGAUGAAGAUAAUUGUAAUCAACAGAUCUCACCAUUAUUGCCAUCAUCAUUAUCACCAUCAUCCCCAUCAUUAAACACAUUGAAUGGUCAUGAUCUCUUUAGUUCUGAUUUGAAUAUUAUGCCUAACCAAUCGAAUGUACUUUCAUCUUCUUUUUAUGAUCAAUCAUUUACCUCGGAUCCAUUAAUGGCUCAUGAUAAUUGUAACAAAGAUGAACAAAUUAUUCUACCCGAAUCAUCUAUUAAUAUUAAUGAAUUAUCGAAUUUCGGUAAUAAUGAAUAUAUUGAACUUGAUUCGGAUUUUAAAAACGAUAGCUAUUUUGGAAGUAAAAAACCAAAAUUAAUGAAUGGUAAUUCCAAACAUUUGCAAGAAAUGACAUUGACACAAUAUAAUUCAUUGGAAAUUUCGGUCGAUAAUCAUAAAAAUAAUUACUGUUAUAAUGGAAUCUGGCCCAAUACAGAUUUCGAGUUGCCACCGGUUAAUUUCAAUUCUAAUCAACAUUCAAAAGUUUUGAUGGCCAGUAAUGAUAUUGCAACAGAAAAUCGUAAUCGAUUAAAACGACCAUAUCCAUUCGGUGAUGAUUCGGUUCUAUUUGGUUCUCAAAAAAUUCAACAACAACAACAACCAAAUCUAAUGAUGCAAUCCACAAAUGAUACCUCAUCAAUAAAUGAUAAAGGAUCUUUUGUGAUUCAAGACAAUACAAUCAAUCAGCCAUUACCUCAGCCACAGUACUCUAGUCCUAAUCUAAAAGGACAACAGUCUCAUAAUAAUAUUGCUCCGUUGAAUGAAAAUAGACAAACAAUCAAUAUGAUUAAUCAUUCACAAAUUAAUGGCCCAAUUGUUCAGAAUAAUCUGGUUGCAAACAAUCUAGUCUCGUUAUAUCAAAAUAAUAAUAACAAUAUCAACAAUCAAAAUGCUACGAGCCGAAAUUCAAAUGGAAUUCAUUUGUUUCAAAACAUUUCUCAACCAAACACAUCGAUUACUUUUCCAUCAACAACAACGACGACAAUUCCAUCUUUUCCGAAUAGAACUGUUUGGUCUGGAAGUAAUUCCAAAUCUAAAGAAUCUUGUCAUACACAGAUGAUAACUGGAUCAUCGAAUAUUAAUAAUAAUAAUGAUGGUAGCAUUGUUGCUACAAUGAUCAAUUCGACCAAUAAUCGUAUUCGUAAUGAUUCAGUGAGCACUGAUAUUUCUGAUGAAGGAUUUGCAAGCCAUUCGGAAAAUGAUUCCGAUGACAAUUCGGAUAAUAAUUCGGAAAUGCUAAACACCAUAAAUGAACAUAAUAAUAAUGAUCAUAGAUUGUCAAUGGUCGAUACUAAUAUUGAUAUUGAUCAAAAUCGAAUGAACAACAUUGUUAAUGUUGAUUGCAAAAAAGAAGAAGGCAUUUAUGACGUAAAUGGUAUUAUUCAAAUAGAAUCGAAAGAAAUAUGCGAAAAUAAUGUUUGGAUCAAUGAUGAGAAUGAUCUUCAUUCAAAAGCAUCAAAUUCGAGCGUUCAGGCCAAAAAUUCAUUAUCUAUUGAUGAAAAUGAUUAUUCAGAAGAUGAUGAUGAUGAUGAUGAAUCUUUUUUUGGUGAUUAUAAUAAUUCCGAUCUAUUGAAUGCAACCAUUUCCGAUGAUGUCAACAAUAAAUGGUCAUUGAGAAUGGGCCGAUCACGUAAAGGUCAUGAUAAACGAUACUUUUGGCAAUAUAAUGUUCAAUCUAAAGGUCCAAAAGGCCCUCGACAACAUAGACCACUUGAUGACAAUGAAGAUGAUGAUCCACACGUUUUGAAAGAGACUACAGACCCGGUAUUUGCACCGGAUUGUCAAAUUGAAGGUGUCAAACAUUCCGGUAAAGCACGAAAAGGUGAUGGCAAUGAUUUAACAGCUAAUCCAACUAAAUUACUCAAGAUUGGUCUUGAACUGAAAAAACUAGGCAAAAUAUUGAAUGGAUUGACACCUGUUACGGAAGUACCGGCAAAUUUUCGUAAUAAGUCUCGAAAAGAAAAGAAUAAACUUGCAUCAAGAGCAUGUCGGCUAAAGAAGAAAGCACAACAUGAGGCUAAUAAAAUCAAGCUUCAUGGCUUGCAUCGUGAGCACGGACGAUUGAACAAAAAAAUCAAACAUAUUCGUCAUCUGAUUGAAAUGGCCUUACGAUUUAAAGAGAUAGGGCAACCACAAAUUUGCAACUUUUCCGGUCAAUUUCAAUGUCGAAUCACAUCGAUAUCAGAUAUACCAUUUAUAUUGCAAAAAAUUAAAGCCAACAAUCAGAUCGAUAUGGAAAUUGCUGGCAAAACAGCCGAUUUUGUAAAUCAAAUCUUAGAUAAUGUUACACAAGGCAUUACUGAUGGUGGACUUGAUAAUUAUUAAUCAACUUUUCUUAUUUAAAAAGAUAGUCAUUCGUUAAUCGAUCCAUUCUUUUUUUGGUUUCACACGACUAUUAUCAUUAUUACAUUUAUCAUCACUAUUAUUACUACUACUAAUCUUCAUAAUCAUUAAUCCACGAAAACGAUAUUACGAAUCGAUUAAAGUGAGUGACAAAAAUUAUUAAUCUACGAAGAUUUUGGACAACCGAUUGAUGAAACAGAAACCGUGAUAUUGUUCCAUUUUUUUUAUUCUCUUAUUAUUAUAUACGUUCAUCAUAUUCAUUGAUUUACUUGAAUAUUUUCUAAUCAUCAAUAAUCCACAACUUCAUUA